CGUUCCUUUGUGUGCCCGGCUGGUUGCCCUUUCCGCACGUUCGCAAAGCAACCGACCGACAUCUUGCAAACCCAGCAACCCCCCCAGGCGAAUCAGCGCAUUACGAGUGAUCACCAACACCCAACAAUGCUGUCCUCACUCACAGCCCUCCGCCUCCGCCCACCAUUCCCAGCCUCCCCACCCCCAUCCCUCCUCUUCCGCCCCUUCCUCCGCCCCGCCUCAGCCAACACUUUCACAACCCUCUCAACACCCAUGCGGUCAACGACCCUCCGUCCACUACCACACAUACAACCACUACCACAACCACACCAGGGGUGGAGUAUGAACGGGACGCUACUGCAGCAGACACGGGGAAGCAAGCAUCCGUCGUAUGGGGGCAAGAAAUUGCCGGGGUAUAUUCUGCCAAAGUUGAGGGAGAGGACGAGUGGGUUGAAGCAGAAGCUGAAGAUGAAAUGGUUCAGAAUGAAAAUCGGCAAAACGGGCCAGCGGCCGAGACGUCCGCGCUACGGGCGGGACGAUUUCAUCCUUAGCAAGAUGAAUUUGUAGGGAACGGCGGGAGGAGUGGUUGCGCUUCAUAUAUAUAUCUGGGGAUUUGGUUAUGGAAUAGAUAGGAUGUUGGGGAUGAGACGGUGAGGAUGUGCGGGAAUGUUGUUGGGCAAUGCUGACCAUUCGGUGGUGGGCUGGGGCCGGCCGGACGGGAUUUUUGCGAUGACUUUUCGAGAACUCGGCAUGCUGAGGAUGCGACCCCAGCUAAUGCCGACAGGUAUAGAGACGCACCGCCGCCCACGUGGCCUGGGAAUUCGAUAUAUGUCUGUAUCUCACGCCAGCGUGUGUUGGAGUUUGAUUGGGACGAAUGUACGGUUGUACACAAAUUCGGAUGGAUCAUGGCCGAGUAGGAGGUGGUUUGGAUGAAUAAUGACACGAGAUUUGCCCAAAAUGAACGGAAGAAAGCAGCUCUUUCCUGUUACAUCUGAAGCAUCCGAUGCAGAGCAUUCCUC